UCAGACAAGAUGGUCUGAUUUAUCACCUCUGCUCCGCUACGUUGGUUUCCCAUCUCGGACUGAAGCGGAAAUUUCAACUUGUCCGGGAUCCGCAGCAAGCGGUAGAUAUAUUUCAUAUAUCCUCAAUAUUCUAAAUCAUCAUUGCUCACUUGAGCUUCAAUAAAAUACCCUACCUACAUCAUACUUUGGAGGUCCCUUACCUCUAGACUCUCACAGUAAACAUACGAAAUCUCUCUUCAACAAUCCGAAAUCACUUCAGCACCAAAUAUGCCUUUCUUGUCAACGCCCUUAACGCUCUCGGCCACUGGGGGUAUCCUAGGUUCUGCUUGGUUGUCAGGGAGUAUCGGAGCAUUGUCUAUCUGCGCGGUGCCUGCGAUUCUUCAGAGCGGGACCACAGUGGAAGGACUUCUCAAAGGUUGGCACCUGCAAUUUAGUAGAGGGAUGCACUACAUACCAACAACAAGUGCCUUCAUUGCCCUAAACUACAUAUGUCUAGCGCACAGACACAGAGUGCAGGGCCUGGAGUGGAGAGGAUUCGCGGCGGGAGCUGUAUCCAAUCUAUUGCUGGCCCCGUUUACGCUGCUAUUUAUCGGAGGAAUCAACAACAUCAUGAUAACAGCUAUGUCGGGCACCGGCAAACCACUUAGCCAAGAGGCUGUUAGGAAAUUGAUCGAUACAUGGGGAGGCUUGAAUGCUGUUCGACUUCUUAUGCCGUUGGCGGGUGCGGUGCUGGGCUUCUGGAAUCUACUUCAGUAAUUACCUGGGUUUGGGAAGCUGGAAUGAUUAACUUUGUAAAUAUAUGUCAAGAUUAGGUAAAAUAUUCGUAAUGCUACUCCUCACUGUAGAUUUACACACUAACGGGCUGUA